UUCAGUGAGCUAGCUAGCAAAUUCAGCGUUACCGUCCCUUGCCCACGCCGCCACCUUGCCUUCUUCCUCCGCCACACGCUUUUUCCUUCGUUAACUCCCCGUGUAGUGGUGGGACUGAAAAAUGGACAGCUGGCGGCUGCCCAUCAAUAGAAUUCGGGUAAUCGGGGAGGCGUGACCGAGAAACCGGAUGCGUUCCGCCGCAAAACCUCUCGAACGCCUUCUGGGACCCAAAACCACCACGCUCUCUCUCUCCCCAGCCCCCUCCCCUCUUCCACUUCUCUCUCCCUGGCCUCCGACAGAGCCCCAUUCCCAACCAAAACUCCCUCCCGACCCUCAAACCUACGCCAAUUUCCUGAUAUCGCUCUCUAAACAAUCCCUUCUCUCUCAGUUCCGACACCCAUUCGACGAAAUUCCCCACAGAGCCCGCGUCUCGAAGGACUGCAAAACCUUACAUGCCCGUAUCCUAAAGCUUGGCUUCCAGUUAUCAGGCAGGCUUGGCAAUGCCCUCGUCGACCUCUAUUCCAAGUCGGGAGAUCUUGUUUACUCCCAGAAGGCAUUCGACCAACUCGAGAAGCGAGACAGGCCUGCAUGGAACUCCAUCCUCUCCGCCCACUCACGGCAAGGGUCGACCGAGGAGGUCAUACGGGCCUUCCGAUCAAUGCGGUGCUUCGGUGCUCCACCAGACCAGUUUGGAUUCGCGAUCGUUCUAUCUGCCUGCGCUCAAUUGGCUGCUCUAAAUUGCGGCAGGCAAAUUCACUGCGAGGUUAUAAAAAGUGGAUUCGAGUCCGAUUCCUUCUGCGAGGGGUCUCUGAUUGAUAUGUACUCGAAGUGCAACCAUGUGGCCGAUGCCCGUCGAGUUUUUGAUGGGAUCACCAACCCCGACACUAUCUCUUGGACUAAUAUGAUCGCAGGUUAUGUUCGAACUGGAAUGUUUGAUGAAGCGCUUCGAUUGUUCUCAAGAAUGGAGGGGUCAGGUGGCACGCCAGACCAAGUCACAUAUGUGACGGCCAUAACAGCUUGUGUGAGUCUCGGAAGGCUUGAAGAUGCGAGAGCGCUCUUUAUGCAGAUGCCCUUGCCCAAUGCUGUUGCCUGGAAUGCAAUUAUAUCCGGGCACGCUCAAAAUGGGCACGAGACCGAGGCUCUUGGCUUCUUUAAGGAAAUGAGAAGCAGGGGUGUGAAGCCUACUCGGUCGACACUGGGAAGCGUGCUGAGUGCUGCUGCCAAUCUGAUGGCCCUUGGUGAUGGCCGGCAAGUCCAUUCCGAGGCAAUUAGGCUUGGGUUGGAUACAAAUGUUUUCGUCGGAAGUUCUUUGAUUAAUCUGUAUGCUAAAUGUGGCCGUAUACAAGAUGCGAGGAAAGUAUUUAACUUCUCAGAUGAGAGGAAUCUUGUUAUGUGGAAUGCAAUGCUCGGUGGCCAUGUACAGAAUGGGCAGCCACAAGAAGUCAUCGACUUGUUUUCUGCGAUGAAGGGACUUGGCUUUAAGCCUGAUGAAUUCACGUUUGUCAGCAUUUUCAAUGCAUGUGCUUGUUUGGAGGAUAUAUACCUGGGCAAGCAAUUACACUCUGUUGUAAUCAAGAGCAAUCUCGAGGUCAGUCUGUUUACAGUCAAUGCAGUUGUAGAUAUGUAUGCUAAGUGUGGAGAGCUAAAUGAUGCAAAGAAGCAGUUUGAACUUAUUUCUAGUAGAGACGCGGUCUCUUGGAAUGCAAUGAUGGUAGGGCUUGUCCAUAAUAAACAUGAGGAGGAAGCUUUGAGUACAUUCCAAAGGAUGAGGCUGGAUCUGUUGGCGCCAGAUGAGGUUUCUUUAGCUACUGUUAUAAGUGCUUGCACUGAUCUACAAGCUUUCGAGGAAGGAAAGCAGAUGCAUUGCUUGUCCAUCAAGUCUGAUCUCAGUAAAAAUGUUUAUGCUGGAAGUUCCCUAAUUGACUUGUAUGCAAAGCUUGGGGAAGUGAUAGCUGCCAAGAAGGUUUUCCUACAAAUGCCUGAGAAGAGUGUGGUCUCAUGGAAUGCUCUGAUUGCUGGUUUUGUCCAAAAUAAUAAUGAAGAAGCAGCAUUGGAUUUAUUCAGGCAACUGCAGAUAGAAGGCUUAGAGCCCUCCCAGUUCACCUUUGCAAGCAUUCUCCCUGCAUGUUCUGGCCCUUCAAGAAUAACAAUGGGACAGCAAGUGCAUUGCCACACACUGAAAUCCGGCCUUUUGUUUAAUGAUACUUUCUUAGGGGUCUCACUUUUAGGCAUGUAUCUGAAGUCCAGAAUGCUUGACGAUGCCAAUAAGCUCUUCUUGGAUAUGCCCGAUAACAACAGCCUAGUCUUAUGGACAGCUAUAAUUUCAGGACAUGCUCAGAAUGGUCAUAAUGAUGAUGCAUUGUUAUUGUUUCGGAAAAUGCGUAGUUAUAACAUUCAGUCGGAUGAGGCUACUUUUGCUAGUGUUCUAGGAGCUUGUGCUGACUUAGCUGCUUUGGGAGAUGGCCGGGAAAUCCAUAGCCUCAUCAUUAAGACUGGCUAUAACUCCUAUGAGUAUGUGAGCAGUGCUCUUAUAGACAUGUAUUCAAAAUGUGGACAUGUAAGCGCCUCCCUUCAAGUCUUUAAAGAGUUGGAAGGGAAAGAAGACAUCAUCUCAUGGAACUCUAUGAUUGUAGGAUUAGCAAAGAAUGGGUAUGCUGAUGAAGCUCUCAAUCUCUUCCAAGCGAUGGAAGAAUCACAAAUAAAGCCCGAUGAUAUCACAUUCCUUGGCAUUCUUACAGCUUGUAGUCAUGCAGGGUUAGUCUCUGAAGGACGUGGUUUCUUUGACUCAAUGACCAUGAAGUAUGGCAUAACUCCAAGAGUCGAUCACUAUGCUUGCUUGAUAGAUAUCCUCGGCCGUGGUGGUUCUCUUAAAGAGGCCGAGGAGUUGAUUGACAGGCUACCCUUUGAACCUGAUGGUGUGAUCUGGGCCACUUUGCUUGCGGCUUGCAGAAUGCAUGGGGAUGGAAUAAGGGGGAAACGAGCAGCUGAGAAGCUUAUGGAGUUAGAACCACAUAAUUCUUCUCCUUAUGUGUUGCUUUCUAGUAUAUAUGCUGCAUCUGGUAACUGGGCUUCUGCUAAGGAAGUGAGAGAAGCCAUGAAAGAAAGGGGAGUGAGGAAGUCGCCUGGGUGUAGCUGGAUUACAGUGGGAAGUAAGACGAGCUUAUUCAUUGCAGGAGACAAAUUUCACCCUGAUUCUGUGGACAUCUAUGAAACUCUGGUUGAUUUGACAGUAUUAAUGAAAGAAGAUGGCUAUGUUGCUGAACCUGAUCUACUUGUCCUGGAUGAAGAAUUUGGUUGAGGUCCCCUUGUUUGCUCCUUCACAAAACUCCUUGUGUUAUGAAUCCAAGGCCAUGGAUACUGUUUGGCCUUAAAGUUACCGUCAUGGGAAGGAAUGCUAAGUUACCAUACAUGAAGGGGCUUGCUAUUCAUGUAAGAAGCUCAUCAAAAGUCUAAUAAUAUGUAUGGAUGGUAGGUUCUUAUGUCUGGCAUUGCUUGAGGAUCUGCUCAAGUUGGAAUUUUGGAACAGCUUCAGGAAAAAAGGGUCUGCUCUUUCUAUCUAUUGACUUCUCAUGUUCAAUGAAAUGGAACUGAUAUUUGGGCUACGAAACUAGUCCAGAAAGAGCUACGACUGACAUGCUCUGUCAAACCUCUUUUCAAAACUUUGCAAUUUUGACAUAUUGUAUUCUUCCAAAGAAAUGUAAUUCUUGACCUACUUUACAGCAUGAGUAUCUUCAAGCUGAUUGUAUUUUUCUUUUCAAUAAAUAGUUUGUCAAUAUCCUUGCUUUGAUAGUGUAAUCAUGUAUGAGUUUUGUAACAAGCCUUCAAUAAAGAAGCACAGGAAAUUUUUUCUUUCUGUAAAAUUAAUUUCAGAUGUAGUCAAUUUUAUGUCUUCCCACUCAUCAUUGCUUAUUACUACCAGCUUCUUAGAUGUUUCUUGAAAUUCUUUGUGGAGUCCUUGUUGCAAAACCAUGGUUUGUAGUUGUCCCCCGCAAUAACCAUUAUGAACUGACUAAAUGGUUCUUGAAUCAGUGAAUAAUUGAAUCAAUGUAAUCAAAUCAGCAGUACUUCUGCCUUUCUGUUUUCCCAUGUACAAUUGGAUCAGUGUAAUUGAAAAUUGUGGUGCUUAUCUCUUGUUUCUACAAGAAAAUUGAUCUAAAUUUGAGAGAAUUUCUGAACCCUUUCAAAUAAGAUUCCUUUUAUCAAAGUUCCCUACUGGUUCUCUCUCAUUAUCGUUUCACAAGCAUUUUAUUCCGAUGACAGUUUUAUUCGGUUAGCAAAAAUAUUAUUUCUUGUAAUGCGGAAAGUUUUGUAUUUCUGCUGACAGUUCUUUAGGUUAGCAAAAAUAUUUUCUUGUCAUGAAAGAAAACAGACCCAUUGUUUGCCAGUAUCUGAUUUCAGUUAUAAUCUUUUAUGUCGGGAGUUUCUCUUGUUGACUUGGAUGCAAAACUUGGGGAAAUGACAGCUGCCGAGAAGGUUUUCCUCCAUAUGCUUGUGCUGGCCAUGCUUUAAUUGCUGUUUAUGUUCAAGAUAAAGCUUUAAUUGCUGGUUAUGUUCAAGAAAAGGAAGCGUUGGAUUUAUUGAGGCAAUUACAGAUAAAAGUCUCAGAGCCAUCCUAUUCACCUAACAAGCAUUCUGCCACUUUCUUAGAAGGUUCAGAUGCGUGACCGUGCCUUUAAGCUCUUUUUGGAGAUGUCCGAGCACAAGAGUCAGGUAGGACAUGCUCAGAGUGGUUCCAGUGAUGAUGCAUUGUUAUUAUUCAUAAUAUGUGUAGUUAUAUGUGUUGAUUUAGCUGCAUUGCAAGACAGCAGAGGAGUCCACAUUCCAUAAUUAUAAAACAUCUAGAACUCGUUUAGUUCACGAAAAAAAGAACAAAAAUGAUGAUCAACGGAAAAACAAAAAAAUAUCUCUUAUUUAGUUGGAGUUUUUUUAAAAAAAGAAAUUGAAAAGGUAGCAUUUUCAUAGAAAUAAAAUUUCCAUAUUUUAUGGGGGAAAAAAACCUAUGGAAGGCAUGGGAAAGCUAAUUUUCCACUCGAGUUCUUUUUUUUUUUAAAGUAUUCUUAAACCAUCAAAAUCCAUAGAUAGGAUCUUGUCAUUUAUUAAAGAUAUAAUAGAUAUUUCAUACAACUUUCUCAGAAAAUUAGAUGCUCAACUAAGUAUAAGCCACUUUGAGAUAUAUAUGCCAUUUUUUCAUGAUCAAUUAAACAUGCUAAAACUAUUUUUCCAAAUAUCAUAUUUACAAAAAAAAAUUCAAAAAAAUAUUCCAGUGAUAAAAAAAAAAUUCGCAAACCAAGCAGCGCUCUGGUAAAUAGAACAUAUGUCAUUUUGUUCGUUAUGUUAAUUUACCACUGUUUAAAUGUCCUUUUGCAUGUACGACUGAUUGCUACUUGGUGCAGAAAUGCAUAGCUCAACAAGUUGCGAGGGCUCGGUUUCAGGUCCGCAGGGUCUGGAUUCAACUCUAAAAUCUGUUCUUAAUGGAUAAAUAUGUGGUAAGCUUGGCCAUCUUUUUAUUGAUACAUAUCAAGAAUUUUUGUUAUCAUAUUAAGGUGUACUAAUUUCAUAUCAAAAGAAUAAAUGGGUAGUUCAAUCUUCAUUACAUCUCUCAGUCUGAUAUGAUGUCAAAUGGUCCGUUCAUAACACUUGAAAUGCAAAAUUCUAUACCGAAGGCAGCAGGAUCCAUAUGAUAGAUAUGGAAAUCAAGAUUGCUGCAACAACUAUUGUGGACGGUAAGGAUACGUUGAUCCCAAGAAAUUGUGGUCAAGGACUGAGUUAUCCACGAGAUAUAUUUUUUAAUCUAUCCCUAGGCGCUAAUGGAUCACAACAUUUCUGGUAGGAUAGCCAGCUGUAAUAUUCUCAAAAAGAAAAGAAAGAAAGAAAGAAAAAAAGAUAACUGCCCAAACGGUCCAAAAAUUCUUUGGCAACCUCCAGCCAAAAUUAUGUUGAUAAGAGCAACCAAAUACCAGAGGGAAACAAGCUGGACUCAGUAUGAUGAAUAAUCUUUACUGCAAGUGAUAAAGUUGCAAGUGAAAGUAUCUACCAUUGGCACCUCUCACCCUUGUGGAAACUAACUAGUUUAACUGAAAAUAUCUAAUAUCAUCAUUUCAAUUAAUUGUGAAAAACCAUCUACCAUUACCGUGGAAGAGACCAUGGUGGACGUGAGCUAAUUCGGAGACGACUGAGAAGCUCAUACAAUGAUGCAAAUCAGUGUCACAGCUGAUGGCGGGAUUCACUGUGGUGCUGAUUGGUACUUUGAGCAGAAAAUUUUCCAAAUUAUUUCCCAUUUGAUGAUUUCGAUUUCAUGAGCAAAAGAAGAAUUGAUCAAGCAUAACAUAUAACCAGCACAUGUUCUGUUUAUGAUAUGGCAUACAUAUAACUGGUGCAAGUUCUAAUAAAUGGGUGGAUCUUCCUUCCCCUUAUCCCAAAAUAAAAAA